UACCUCAGCCUUCUCCUCAUACGUUGUUACCAGUUUACCAGUGCUGUUUAUUGGGGGCAUACAUCUUCUUUGACCUUCCUUUUCUGAUUAAUGUACCCAUAGAAACCCUUCCUGUUUUUCUUUGCAUCUCUUGCCAGGUUCAGUUCCAGCUUUACCUUUGCCUUUGUUGCCUAAAUGGUUGUGGGGAAAAAAAGACUCCAAGCCAAAUUAGAAGUAGAUCUGGCAACAGGUCACUCUCAAGACAUAAGGACAGAUGCAGAUCCAGAAGUCCCCUGAAAAAACGGUCUAGAUCUAGGGAAAAGUGGAAAUCAAGAAGUCCCUCUUAUUCUCGGGACAAGAAAAGAGACAAAGAAAAGGUCAAGGAAAAAGAGAAGGCCAAAGAAAAGGAGAGAGACCGAGACAAAGAGAAGGAGAGAAACUGGGACAGAGACAAAGAAAGGGAGCGAGAUAAAGAAAGAAACAGGGAUAAGGACAAGGAAAAGGACCGGGAGAGAGACAAAGAGCGGCAUAAAGAUCGAGAGAGAGUGAGAGACAAGGAUAGGGAUAGACACAGGGACAAGGAUACGGACAAAGAUAGGGACAGGGAAAAGGACAAAGAUAAUGAGAAGGAAAAAGACAGAGAAGAGGUAGACCAGAACAAGGAAAAAGAUGAUGUUAUGAAAGAGAGGGAGAAGGACAGAGAUAAGAUUAACGACAAGGAGGGAGAUAAGGACAGAGGGGAAAAAGAGAAGGACAGAGACAAAGAAAAGGAGAAAGAUGAGAAGAAGGAGAAGAAGGAGAGAGAAAGAGAAAAGGAAAGAGAUGAUAAAAAAAAGAAAGAGAAGAGAUCCAGAACACCCACAAGAAGCUAUAGCUCUUCAAGAAGAUCUCGUAGCUCCAGCAGAGAAAGGCGUAAAAGGAAGAGUAGAAGUCUCUCCAAGUCUCCUAAAACAACAAAAAAAAAGUCUUCACAAACUCCUUCUCCAAGAAGAAACAAGAAAGAAAAAAAAAGAGAAAAAGAUAAAAAUAAUGAAAGAAGAGAUAGGGAAUACUCCACCUCAAAGAAAAAAAUUAGUAAAGAAAAAGAGGGAAAGGAGAAAUCUGACAAAAGCACCACUACUUUGAAGGACAAAGAUCAUACUGAAGAGGAUCUGAAUUCAGAAAGUGACGAGGAAGUAGGCAAUAGAGAUCCAGAAAGGACUGAUGAAAUCAAACUACAACAGAAUGGGAACUGUCAACCAAAUGAUGAAAACCUCUCAAUUAAAAUGGAAGAGUUUUAAAGCAAAGAAUGGACCUCUGACUCAACUAAGGGAUGAAAUCUGAAGCUUUUUAUUUUCCAGAACAAGGAAGAAAAUGUUAAAGUAAUCAACCUGAACAUGGUGAUAGUACUAGUAGCUCUCCCAAUUGUAGUGAUAGCUUUGUCGACUUCUUGCUGUAAAGCAAGAGAGCAUGAACCAGUAGUUAUACCAUGAAAAGGUAGAUGCCAUCAGAACUAUUCAUGUCUGAAGAUCCAUGAAGUCUCCAAGAUGGCUGUACUUAUUUGUAAAAUGAUUUAUGUUAAGUUUUACCAUAAGUUGUUACAAAUAAGUAGAAACUGAAAAAUGUAAACCUGUACUAUCCCCCCAAAAAAGCUGAAUAUAUGCAUUGAAGAUUGUUUAAAAUACUGCUUGUUGAUGAAUUUUGUAUUGGUUUACUUUUAUGGUUAAAAAAUCCACAAAACCUUCAAUGUGUACUGUUUGAUAUACUUGGAAAUGGUGCGUAAAUAUACACACUUUCUUUAGUUGUUGUCCCGGGUUACACAAAAAUUAUGGUAUCCACCUUUUUCCACCUCUUCUCUUUUUCCCAAAUGUGCCUACUAAUUUGGACUAUGAUGGGAACUUGAGAUAAGGGUGGUACUAUUAUCCUAGGAGAAGAAUGUAUCCACAAGUGUGAAAGACUGGAAUGCUGAUGACUCAGACAAUCCAGGUGCAAGGUGAUGAUGCGCAAAGUAACCACCCAGGUGCUGAGGGGGUGCACACCUGCCACCUCAGGCUACAAGUUGGGUGUUGUUUCUUUGUCCUUACACAAAUGACUCAGCUGUGAUAACUCCCCUCCAGGGAAGCAUCAAGACAAUUCACACAUAGCCUGAAGAUAUUAAUUUCUGCUGAUAGACCAUAAUGGAUCCACCUGUGCUGACAUAACAGGCAGUUGUAAUGUCUUAAAAGGUGUCAAAGACUCAUGAAAUUCAGUAUUACAUCAUCCAGUGUAGAAUUCCCUGUCCCAGGGGCAUUCCCACUUAGCCUAAGCCAAAUAAAAGACCACACUCCGACUUCAUUCAACAUGGUGUUUUCUUCCCUCACUGCCUGGAACUUUCCUUACCACCUGGGGCUUCCACCACCACCUCAACAGAUCUGGACUGUGACCCUCACUUUGACCAAUGAACUUUGAAAUUGCAACAACCAAGUCUCAUCACUGGGUCCCAUGGGUGUCUUGCGGGUUCUUCCAGUCUCCUGGGGGGUCCACAGCCCUGCUUUGACUGCCUGUACCAGCACCACAGCCUCACUCCAGCGCUGACUCUCCAAUGGUUCCUGCCAGGUUUUCUGGGUGUGGGGGAGGUGAACCACGUGGAAGGGUGACCAUCUUGUCUCUGUCCUGUGGCCAUGUGUGGAUUUUUUCCAGGUGGAGGAGGCUGUCCACCAUCUUGAUUUGGUCUGGUGGGUAGGGCUUGGGAAGUUCGUCCUCAUCGGUUGGUUUAACCCAGUUAUCAGUAUUGUUAUUAGCAUUCUUCUUGGUAAAGAGUUAUUUUUUUCACUUACAUCUGCAUGUACUUGGUGUCUCUCUCUCUGUAUUGGAGAAACCAGGGGUAUUGAAUCCAAGGGAGAUGUCUGCCUGAGGUCUCCGCCCCUCCAAAUUGUCUCAAACCAAGACAGUUGUAAAGAAAAAUUAUUUUUAAACAUAAACACUUUUCUGGUUCUUACAUAAAAUGCCCACUGACUGGUUUGUUUUUCAUUUGCUUACUACUUGAGAUUCUUGGGGUUUAUUUUAAAAAAAAUCUUACUGUUAUCCUUAAAAUGAAUGUUUCUUUUAAAGUACUUGAACAAUGCAUGAUACUUUUGUGUUCCAAAAAGGAACAUUGCCAUGUUAUAGAUAUUAGGUUAGCUUAUUGGGUUAUUUUGGGUUUGUUUUGCUUUUUUGUUUAUUUUUGUCCAUCCAGAAGUGACCACAUCUGUAUGAUGUUAGAACUUACAGUUUUGUUUUGAGCUGUAAUGCAGUGUGUCUGUUCAGCUGAAAAUACUACAGGUGCCAUUAUGAAAAUAAUUUUUUUCUUAUUUGUUAAAAAAAUAUGAGAGCGGGAGCAGAAGCUUUAGUGCCUUCUUGAAAUAAUGUGUUACUUUCUAGAAGUGUUUGUGCUAUUACUCAUUUUCAUCUAAAUCUUACAUUAUCUCUCUUGGUAUUUGCCAUCACAAUACUGUAGACAAGAACAAAAGUUAUUUAUCAGAACUUGUUAAAAUACUAAAACUCAAUUUUUACUUUUUUUAUUUUUAGAAGAGAUUUAUAGGUGAAAGCAAAGAUGCAUUUGGGGGACCACUACUGUACAAAAGCAGUAGCUGAAUGCAAAGUAUUUUCUGAUCACCUGCAUCGAAAAGACAGCCCUUUAGACAUUUAAUUUACACUUGAAUGGCCUUAAUUGUUACCUCUCCAUCAUCAUCUCUGAUACCUAUUUGGUAAUAUAAAAGGAAUCAUAUGCAAAACUGAGGGGAUAAAUAAUUGAGAGAAAAGUUCUAAUUUACAAAGGAGUUAUAUGGUAGAGAUUCUGUUUUCAUUCUUUAAAGACAAAGCAUGUAAGAAGAGAACAACAAAGUAGAUAUUUUUGUCAAGCUAAAACAUGGCUUGUGUAACUAAUCAGUUUCAUCAGUGUGAGGCUUCUUGAGUCAUACCUUUAAAAUUUAUACGUAAAAUCAAGUAGAUUAUUUUUAAAACAAUACAAUCAAAUUAUGUCUUUCAGUUAAAAGUAAUUAAUAUCACAUUAGCUAUUUGCUUUCAAUUUGGUUUUAUUUUCCUUUGCAUAGGUAAUUCUUACUACAAAAAAAAGGCAUAUUACAGGGAAUGAAAAAUAACCCAACUUGACUGUAAGAUGCUUAAUGACUUUUUUAUAGGAUUUUAUCUUCAUGAGACUGUGUACAUUUAAGACUUUAGAAAAUGCUUUACCAUGUAAAGUAUAGACACUCAUUUUUGAGAUGUUUAAACUACUUGCUAUUGACUAGUAAGCAACUUAUUCUGAUAAAAGAAUGACAAAUCUGUAUGCUUAGAGAAAGACUGUGAAGGAUUGUGUCUUACAACAACAGCUGUUUUAUUUAUGAUGUGUGAGUAGCAUAGAGCAAAGAAAUUCUUUGUAUACUUGUUAUCCUCGGUACCAUUUCACUAAUAAAAUUAAAUAAAAUUUA